UGGACAUUAGUUCUUAGAGAAAGCGUGCGGUGUCCAGACCAUUGUAGCUCUUAGCCAGCCAAGCGUGUUCGAGUGAUUUCAUAUUGAAUGAGGAUAUAUUUUUGAGGAUAUUUGAAGGGAAAGAAAUCGCAGCUGACAUUCGUUAUACAUUCCAAAAGACAUGCAGUCAGAAACGAAUAGCAAAGAAAUGGAAACAGAGGCCUCGAACGCUACACAAUUAAUUGAGGAGGUUAAAAGUUCCAAACGUGAGGCUAGUUGGCCCUCGGUGCUAUUCUUCAUACAUUUGCACAUAUUGGGACUCUAUGGCAUAUUUGUGAUGUUGACUAGUGCCUCAUGGCUGACCAUUGUAUUUACUUUGACAUUGACAGUAUUGGGUGUUUUGGGAGCUACAGCUGGUGCCCAUCGACUUUGGGCUCAUGGUACCUAUAAAGCCACAACAGGAUUGAAAAUAUUUCUGAUGUUAUGUCAGACAAUAGCGGGUCAGGGCUCUAUAUACAACUGGGUACGUUCGCAUCGCCUGCAUCAUCAAUAUUUCCGCAAAAAUGAAGAUCCCUUCUACAGUAAUAAAAACUUUAUGUCAGCUCAUGUCUACACUCAACUCUUGAGUUACAGCAGUGAACAAGAACAUUUGCUGAAUCAAAUUGAUAUGAAGGAUUUGGAAGAGGAUAAGGUUGUUAUGUUCCAGAAAAGAUUCUAUUGGGUGCUCUACACUUUCCUGCACAUACUUUUGCCCGUCAACUCACCCCUGGAGUAUUGGGGUGACUCUCUGACCGCCUCUAUUGUGGUGGCCUUCUCUUUGCGUUACAUGCUUGUUUUGAAUAUAUGUUGGCUCAUCAAUUCCGCCCAUUUAGUUUGGGGUUUGGAUAAAAGUUUCAAACCCUCCGAUUCGAAUAGUGUUUUCUUUAUUACCAAAACCUAUUGGCCCCAAUAUCAUUAUAUGCUGCCCAAUGAUUAUCAGAGUGGUGAGUUUGGUGAUUAUGCCAGUGGCUUUACCACAGCCAUGAUACGUGUUUUUGCUGCCCUCGAUGGUGCCACCGACUUGAAGACAAUCAGCUCGACAGCUGUACGUAAUGGCCUUACAGAAGCUGUGGAAUCCGGUCGACCCAUUGUGGAUUGUAUUAAUGAAUUUGCGGAAAAGGAACAGGCGCAAUUGCCUAAGAAUCAUUUUUUGAAUCGAAAUAAAUUCAUGUAAAAUUUUGCGAGUGUGGCAUGUAAGAGCCGACAGUAAUUAGCCAGUGAUAGUCAAGACGAUGAGCAUUUAAAUUACAAACAAGAUUUUUGUAGAAGUUUUGUAUUUUGAUAUAUUUAGGAACAUUUGUUGUUUGAUCUUUUUUUCGCCCUUAUAUUUUUGUAAGAAAUUUAUAUUGAAAAUAAAUGAAUACUAAAGAGCUCAAA